AGCUGACUUCUCAGCUGCUCUCUCGUCUGUUUUGCUUUGCUGUGCGUUUUUAAUGCGUCUGUAUAUAUAGAUAGAUCCACGCUCCGUGCUGUUCCGAAGCCCCGUGGUGGGGAAUAUGGGAGAUGAACGAUUUUUUUUUUCAAUUUUCCUAUGUAUACUUUGGGUCUGAAGAACCUGCACGGUCACAUUUCCACCCUCCCCUUUUCAGGAUCAGAGCCCUUCAGCCCAAGCAGACUGUGGAAGAGAUGUCUGUGCUGAGCACUCCGCGGUGCCUGACCUGAGCACACAGCAGGACGGCUGAUCACAGCUCCACACAUCCCCAAAGCGAGGCCCCCUUUGUCCCCUUAUUUUUCACCAAGAGCACUUUCUGCCAUGUGCUCACACUCUCCUGUUAAGGACUGUGUGUGUGUGUGUGUGUGUGUGUGUGUGUGUGCGCACACUCCCGGCCAGGUUUGCACUCUCAGGGGAUCAGAGCCGCUCGUUGUUUGCCGUUGAAGGCUGCUGCAGUCUAAAGGUCAGCAGCAAAGGACAACAGACCUUUGGAGCAGAGCUGCUUUCUCCGGGAAUGAAAACAAAGAUCCAGACCUGCUGUGAAUGGCCAAUUCACCCAGAAGCUGAAUUCCAACAACCUCCCUCCCGAGCCAUACACAUUGCAAUUUCUGAGCAGUUUUGUCCAGAAGACUGUGCUCAGGUUAUGACGACUAAUCCCAAACCGAACAAGGCAUUAAAGGUAAAGGAGGAGUCGGGAGAGAAUGCCCCAGUGCUGAGCGAUGAUGAACUCGUGUCAAUGUCCGUACGGGAGCUGAACCAGCACCUGCGGGGUCUCACCAAAGAGGAGGUCAUCCGUCUGAAGCAGAGGAGGCGCACGCUGAAGAACCGGGGCUACGCCGCCAGCUGCCGCAUCAAGCGCGUGACUCAGAAAGAGGAGCUGGAGAGGCAGCGGGUUGAGCUGCAGCAAGAGGUGGAGAAGCUGGCCAGAGAAAACAGCAGCAUGAAGCUAGAGCUGGACGCCUUGCGCUCCAAGUACGAAGCACUCCAGACCUUUGCUCGUACUGUGGCGCGAGGGCCCAUUACCCCGACCAAAGUUGCCACCACCAGUGUCAUCACCAUCGUGAAAUCAGCCGAAAUCUCAUCCAGUUCCGUGCCGUUCUCAGCAGCAUCCUAGUGCCCUCGGUGGGGGAACUAGCAGCCUUUCAGAGGGGGGGGGAGGAGGCUCUUAUGCAUUGUUCCGGAGUUCUUGGUCACGUCAAGAAUUGGCAUCUUAACAACUCUCUUCCAAAAGUGCAAAAAAAAAAAAAAACAACAACAACAAAAAACCCACAAAAAUAAAAAAUAAAAUAAAUAAGGAAGAAAACAGAAAAGAAAAAAAUUACCUACAAAGGGAACUUAAACUGGCUGCUUCUCUCUGGACUCGGUGGCUCCGUCAACCCCUCGCGUCCAGGAUUUGAGCUCUGUCUGCAGUACAAGUUGCAAGAUCUACUUCCUUGCCCCCACCUCCCCGACCCCUCACAGCCGUGGGCAGCAUUCCGGCUGGGAGAAGAUACCCGAGGAGCCUCCAGAGCCUUCGUGAGUGAUGCUCAAGAGCCAGGAAACAGAUGGACCGUAGAAAUCAUCGUGUGAGAUGAAUGUAUGGAAAAGAGUUUCCUUUAGUGGCAUCCUACUCCUUGUCAGAAGGGUCUCCCCUUCCCUCCCCGCUUCCAUCUGCUGUUCUGAGGGCAGGGAAAUAGGCAUUUAGGUUUGAAUUUCGUCCUGCUACGAGUGGAUGGGAGUGGGAGGAUGAUGGAGAUUAAUGCUUGGGUCUGACCACACCCACUAGGAAUAACCUUUUGUUUUCAAUCCAUGCUGUUAAAAUAUGGAAAAAUAUAUAUUUUACAUAUUUUAAUACGCCUCACUACCUGUGUGGCCUAUGAAAAACUACAUUGCAGCCUCCUUUAUUCCAAGCCCACGUUUCCCAAUAGCUCCUUCCCUAAGGUGUCCUGUGAAUUGGGUAUAUUUAUGCAGUGUAUUUCUUCCAAAUGAUCCACAGUCUUGAAAUAGCGGCUUAUUUUAUUUCAUUUUAUUUUAUUUUAUUUUAUUUUUUCUGGAUUCCCUGAAGCUUAAGGGAAGGAGGCACGGUAGAUGCUGUGAAGAGCGGUGUGGUGGGGAGGAGAAGGAGAGACGAGGAAGUAUUAGCAGGUGGAGGCAGAACCGACUGCAAGGCAGAGGGGCUGUUCUGCUGGGAUCAGCACUACGAGAAGGGGUUUGUGCAGAAGGUUUGGGAAAGGUGUUUUUGAAGCACUGAGGUGUAACUAGGGGGCCGUAGCGCAGACAGGAGGAGUCAGAGCCUCCUCUUUGGUGGAAGCGUUGGUAGGUGAGCAAGGAGCAUCCCGGCUGCGGAGCUGGGCUCGCUGGGCUCUGUUGAGCAGGGAAUGGCCAUGGGGAGGUUGGCUGGGAGCUGUAUGAGUCCGUUCUUCAGCGUUCAGACAGCCUGUGUGAAUGUGACCCCAAAUCUUGAUGCUUCCUCUGGGGAAUGUGUGGACGGCCCCAGGAGAGGCGCGGAGGGCAGGACGGGAAUCUGUGUGCGUAGGGAAUGGAAGAGUUGGGACCGAGGAGUCGUGAGUGUGGCUCUGAGCAGUGGUUUGGGAGAGGGGUUUUCUGGCCCGGCGAUGGGCAGGAAGUGGGAAGGCAAGAGGAGGAACUGUGCUGUCACACAGCAGCGCUGAAAAGAUGAACGUGUCCAGGUCACUGUAAAAAAAAAAAUAGCUACGUUGGUGUUUGUGUGUUCUGUUGUGCUUUAUUUUUAAUUUUCUGUUUGAAGUAGGAAAGAAAAAGGGACUGUGAGUUUUGCAGGGCAGAGACUUGUGGAACGGACGAUGCCUGUUGUCAUGCAGGUGAGAAGAGAAUGAGACUGCUGAUGGAUGAGGUGAGGGGCAGAGCUUAGAGGACUCGGGCUCUGGAAUGGAGGCCAGAGGUGGCGCGGAGCUCAGCAGUGCUUUGGACUGAAAGAGAGCUGAUGGAGUGCCGCCGCUGUCGCAUAGGGCACGGUAUGCGGGCAUCCACCACCCUGUAUGAUUCCUUGUUUGGGGCUUUGCCUUGUCUUGACGGGCAGUAAGUUUGUAGACUUCCAGUGAAGCCUUCUUUGCCUUUGGAAGAAGUGAGCUUGCUUUUUCUUUCUCUUUUCCACCUUGUCAUUGGAGUCUCUGGAUUCCCCAAGAGGGUUCUUUGUGAAAUAGGUUAAUGGAAAGAGGAGCCUCAGCCUCGGCUCUUGUUCAGUCCUCGACGCCUGUGCUCCUGACCUUACGGAGCUGGGAAGGGGCAGGGGAGCCUCCUCCUGAAGGCUUCUCACCCCUGCCAGAGCCACAUGUGCCGGAGGGGAGCAGGGAGUUUCCUUCAAGUGAUUUUCCAACGCGUAGGGUUUGGAUGACACUUAGCGUUACCUCAUUUCUCCUCCACUCCCUCCCUAUCUCCUAACAGGCAGAUUGAUGUCCUGUGUAUCAGUACCAGUUAUUGACUCCCACAGCAGAAGCUGAGGAAGAGAAAAACGUUACUGUCAUUUCCUGGUCCUCUCAUGUUCUCCAGCUCACAAACAUUGGAAACUUUCCCAGACCUUACAGGUGCCUCCAAAAACAGGCAGAGUGGAGACUCCUGGCACUGUUGGGGCUUUAAAUGAAAACUUUAACGAAAAAAAAAAAAAAAGGCCAGUUGACUUGUAAAUGCCCAAAUGCUUCCAGUCUUUAGGACAGCUCCAGAGCUCCAUAACAUUCCUGGCUAGAUAGGAACACCCUCGGGCUGCCCUUGGCCCUUGCCGGGGGGGGGAUCAGACCAACGGCACGGAGGGGGAUGGAGGUUGAACUUUGUUCCGUGGGGUCUUCUUGCUGUUGAGAAACAUAUCUUUAUGUGGCACUUCCCUUGUUGGCCAAGUAUUUCUUAUUUUCUUUUCCAGUUCUUGGAAGGGUGCCAAAGGCUUGUCCAAGUGAUUGCUAGUUUAGUGCUGGUAGGCACUUCGAUCUCUGGUCACUCGAUAAAGAACAAGAGGCCUGGGUGUUGUUAAAGCUGUUGAUACCAUAGCCAUGGUAGGUAAUCCAUAUUGGAUAUCCAUAAGGACCACGUGGAAAUAUUUAAAGAGAGAGAAAUAUAUAUAUAAAUAUAUAAUUAUAUACAUUUUAUCGUACAGAUUUUUCGUAAAAAAAGAAAAAAAAAAAGAGAAUUUUUUUUCCAAGUUUGAUACUGUAAAUCUUUAUUAAAAGAAAUCGCCGGUCCAGGGCUCCCUCCCUGGGUGGUGACCUGGAGGGGAAUGAAAUGUCCUGGCUAAACUUCCACAGGGGGAUCAGAAUUGCAAGGUAACGUGGAGGGAGGAAUGACCCGAAAGCUGUUGACCACCAUGGAGACCCAACUCCUCCACCCUCCGCCCCGGAGGGCCCUCCAGCUUGGGGUUGUCGCAUUGCAUUCCUCUGGGGUUCGGUUUGUUUCCGUUUGUUAUUUUUUGUUCUUGUUGUUGUUGUUCUGUUUUGUUUCUCUCCGUCCUGCCCUCGCAAGCCUGACACGCAGGGUGAGCGUGGCGUGGGGAGCCGGCUGCUGCCGCGGGGUCACCGGGCGCUCCCUGCCGCAUCAGUUCGCUGCGGUAUUUCGGAUGCUGGGCUCCCUUCUCUGCCCCCCCAGGAGCAGGGGCUCUGAGGCCGAGCUUUGGGAUCCUCUCCCCCGGGCCUUUCUUCCCCCUCCGCAGCGCCAUGUGGGUACCUUGGGAUGCUGGAAACAGCCCGAAGCAUCCACGCGGGUACCUUGGGGCAGCGCCGGGAGGGACAUCCUCGGUCUCGUAGGUGUCUUUGCUGAGCUCUCCAGUGGCAGUGGGGAAACCUUUCCCUCCAGGGCACCUCCAGACCCCCCCACAGCAAAUCAGCAUCUCAGCUCUCGCCCAGCUCUGCCAUCUGACGGAGGAGACCGCGGUGCCCCGGCUGACAGCGCAGCAGCGGCAGGGCUGGGCUGCGGCACGGCUCGGACCCGGGGAGGAGGAGGAGAAAGUGGCAUUGAUUUGAUUUGAUUUCUUCCUCUCUCAAAUCAUUUAAACUUUGUUGUCAUGAUUGUUUUUAUUUAAAACGAAGAAACAAAGGAAAAGGAAAAAAAAAAAAAAAAAAAAACCACAAAAAACCGAAAAACUUUUGUAACGUGGAUUUGUUUUCCUUCGUCUGUAUUUCAGUCUGCUGGGGUGUUUCCGUAGAUGGUGGAUACUUGCUUUCAUUUUUUUAAUGAUAGAAGUCUUCUGUUUUAAGUUGUUUUUUUUUUUUUUUUUUUAUCACCAGCUCAUUCUAUCCUCUGUGGUUACUCAGUAAUUUCAUUUCAAUAUUUAUUUUUGUGCUGCUUUUUUAUUAUAAAAUAAAUUAUUGAUAUACCAAGCAAUGUGGAUUCCUGUUUGUAAGGCGAGUAGCCCUGUGUAUGUGUCCAUUACUUUCUCUUGACAGCCACAACGUAAUUUAUUGCUGUAAAUUUAGCUGCAGUGACUGGUUUUUUUGUACCUUUCCAAUAAAGCAUUUUCUGGUUUCA